AUGAAGUCUGCUGCUGUUUUGGGGCUCACCGGUCUUGCUGCCAAUGUUUUGGCACAUCCUCAGAGAUACCAUGCCAACGGCGCCUCUCUGGACAAGCGUGACGUCGAUCUGAGCAAAUUCCGCAUGCCAGGGACAUCAGAAUACACUGCUUCAGCCAAGGCCAAGCUAGACCCAGCUGCGAGCAUCAUCCAGAGGCGAGGAGAUUAUGUCAGUGCUGCCACGGAGCUCGUCAAGACGGUCUUCCCCGGCGCCGAGUUCCGUGUCGUCGAUGAUCACUACGUCGGCACCGAUGGCCUUGCCCACGUCAACUUUAAGCAAGUUGUCCAUGGUAUUGAUAUCGACAAUGCUGAUUUCAACGUCAACGUCAGCCCUGAUGGCACCAUCUUCUCCUAUGGAAACAGCUUCUACAAGGGCAAGACGCCUUCCGAGAGCCCCCUUCACAAGCGCAAGUUUACAGAUCCCGUCAACGCUUUGAACGGCGUUGUCGACAUCCUUAAACUCUCCAUCAAGACCACAGACGCCAAGGCAGAAGCUAAGGAAGGCACUGAGAUCUACACCUUUAAAGACACUUCGGGUGCUGUCAGUGAUCCAGAAGCCAAGCUGGUCUAUCUCACAAAAGAUGAUGGCUCACUUGCACUGACCUGGAGAGUUGAGACUGAUGUCGUGGACAACUGGUUGUUGACAUAUAUUGAUGCCGACAACAGCAAGGACGUCCACGGCGUCGUCGACUACGUCUCUGACUUUGCUACCUUAGAGGUCUAUCCUUGGAGGGUAAAUGACCCUACUGAAGGUGCUCGCUCUGUUGAGACCGACCCAUGGAACAUCGACGCUUCUCCAUAUACAUGGUUCGGCGACGGCUCCAAGAAUUACACUACCCUCUGGGGCAACAAUGCCGUUGCCCAGACAAACCACGAUGGCCACAACAACGUCAACGACUUUGCCAAAAGCUACCGCCCGACUUCUUCUGCCCGCAACUUUGAGUACGACUACUCCCCUUCUCAGUCUAACAAGGACGAUUACCAAGAUGCCUCCAUCACUCAGUUGUUCUACACGGCAAACACUUAUCACGACUUGCUCUAUACCUUGGGAUUUACCGAGGCCGCAGGAAAUUUCCAGACCGACAAUAGUGGCAAGGGGGGCAAGGGCAACGACUUCGUCGUCCUUAACUCCCAGGACGGCAGCGGCACUAACAAUGCCAACUUUGCCUCCCCCCCUGACGGCUCUCGCCCUCGCAUGAGAAUGUACAUGUGGACGCAGACUAGUCCCCAGCGCGACUGUGCCUUUGACUCGGAUGUUAUUCUCCAUGAGUUUACUCACGGCCUGUCAACUCGUCUGACCGGCGGCCCUGCCAACUCAGGCUGCCUCAACGGCCUGGAGUCUGGGGGCAUGGGAGAGGGCUGGUCCGACUUCAUGGCCGCCGCCAUCCUCAUCAAGUCCACAGACACGCGCACCAAGGACUUCCCCGUUGGUGUCUGGGUUUACGACAAUCCCAAGGGCAUCCGAUCCUACCCCUACUCCACCAGCAUGAAGAGGAACCCAUACACAUACGCUGACGCUAACCAGAAAAAUGAGGUCCACGCCAUGGGCGAGAUCUGGGCCAACACUCUCUACGAGGUCUUCUGGAACCUCGCUGACGCUCACGGCAUCACCGACGACAAGUACCCUGUGUUUGAUGCCAAGGGUGUCCCUACGGACGGCCGCUACCUCGCCAUGAAGCUCGUCAUGGGCGGCAUGUCCAUCCAGCCAUGCAACCCCAACAUGGUUUCUGCCCGAGACGCCAUUCUUGACGCUGACAAGAGCCUCACUGGCUCCGCCAACAAGUGCCUGCUAUGGAAGGCCUUUGCCAAGCGUGGUCUGGGCACAAAGGCCCGGUACAAUGGUGGUCGCAACCGCGUCGAGGACUUUACCGUCCCAGCCGGCUGUUAA